ACAAAACGUUCUGUGAGAAAAACUGAACUCCUAAAACAGUUUAAGAACUCCCCGAAGCAUGACUGCCAUGGUUGAUGGCAUAUCGCACAUCUUCUUUUUGCUUAUUCACAAGAAUAUUUCCUCAUUCCUCAGGAAUUCUAUACAAAAAAGCUCAACAGAUCUUUACUUUCUCUACAGUCUCUACGCAACGUACACCAAACCAACCAAAGAUAAAAACUUUUUCCCAUAUUUACCAGGAAUGCUCCAUUCUCAACUCUCUAAAUCCAGGCAAACAAGCCCAUGCUCGCAUGAUAAUAUCUGGGUUUGUACCUACUAUCUUUGUUUCGAAUUGUUUGAUCCAGAUGUAUGUAAAAUGUUCCCAUUUGAAGUACGCAUACCAAGUGUUUGGCAAAAUGACUGAAAGGGAUGUAAUUUCUUAUAACACAAUGAUAUUUGGCUAUGUUGGUUGUGGGGAAAUGGGUAUUGCGAAACAAUUUUUUGAGAACAUGCCCAAUAGAGAUGUCGUAUCAUGGAACUCGAUGAUUUCUGGGUAUCUACAGAAUAGUGAGUAUCUAAAGUCGAUUGACUUUUUCUUGGACAUGGGCAGAUCGGGUGUGGGUUUUGACCUAACUACUUUUGCUGUUAUUUUGAAAGUGUGCGCUGUUUUGGAAGAGAUUCUUGUGGGGAUUCAGGUUCAUGGCCUUAUUCUCCGUAUGGGAUUUGAUAAUGACGUGGUUACAGGUAGUUCUUUGUUGGAUAUGUAUGCCAAGUGUAAGAGAUUAGAUGAUUCACUUCAAGUUUUUAGUGAAAUUCCCGAGAAGAAUUCAGUUUCUUGGAGUGCCAUGAUUGCUGGCUGUGUUCAGAAUAGUCAGUAUGUUGAGGGUUUACAGUUUUUCAUAAAGAUGCAAAAGGCUGGAGUUGGGGUCAGUCAAUCCACCUAUGCUAGUGUGUUCAGGUCAUGUGCAGGGAUUUCUGCAUUGGAAUUGGGCUCUCAGUUGCAUGGCCAUGCUGUUAAGGGUAGUAAUUUUAGAGCCGACAUCAUUGUAGGGACGGCCACUUUGGAUAUGUAUGCAAAAUGUGGUAGCAUGGCAGAUGCUCAAAAGCUAUUUAACUGGUUGCCAAAACAUAGUUUACAAUGCUAUAAUGCCAUUAUGGUUGGGUAUGCACGAAAUGGCCAAGGGUUUGAAGCUUUGGAAUUAUUUAGGCUUUUGCUAAAAUCUGGCCUUGGAUUUGAUGAAAUUAGUCUGUCUGGCGCAUUUAGUGCAUGUGCAACUAUUAAAGGUGGUUUGGAAGGGCCUCAACUACAUUCAUUAGCAGUUAAGGCUAAUUUGAGGUCAAACAUUUGUGUGGCAAAUGCUAUUCUAGACAUGUAUGGCAAAUGUGGAGAUUUGGGUGGAGCUGUUGGAGUGUUUGAUGAGAUGGAAAUAAGAGAUGCUGUGUCUUGGAAUGCAAUUAUUGCUGCUUAUGAACAGAAUGGAAAGGAAGAGGAAACAUUUUCAUUUUUUGCAUCAAUGCUGCACUUUGGACUGGAGCCUGAUGAGUUCACUUAUGGCAGCAUCUUAAAGGUUUGUGCCAGUCAGCAAACUUUGAGUACUGGCAUGGAGAUCCAUAACAGAAUUAUAAAAUCUGGAAUGGGUUUCAACUCCUUUGUAGGAGGUGCUCUUGUUGAUAUGUACUGCAAGUGUGGAAUGAUGGAAGAGGCACAGAAAAUCCAUAAGAGAACCGAACAACAGACAAUGGUUUCAUGGAAUGCAAUUAUUUCAGGAUUCUCUCUGCUAAAACAAAGUGAGGAUGCUCACAGUUUUUUCUCUAAAAUGUUGGAAAUGGGUAUGAAGCCAGAUAACUUCACAUACGCAACAAUUCUUGAUACUUGUGCCAAUUUAGCUACAAUUGGACUUGGAAAGCAAAUACAUGCUCAAAUCAUCAAGCUUAGACUACAUGCAGAUGUGUAUAUAUCCAGCACUCUCGUUGAUAUGUACUCCAAGUGCGGAAGCAUGCAAGAUUCAAGACUAGUGUUUGAGAAAGCACGUAAUAGAGAUUUCGUAACAUGGAAUGCCAUGAUUUGUGGCUAUGCUCAGCAUGGUCUUGCAGAUGAGGUCCUUAAAACUUUUGAGAACAUGCAACUUGAAAAUGUGAAACCAAAUCAUGCGACUUUUAUUUCUGUCCUCAGAGCUUGUGCGCACAUGGGGCUUGUUGAUAAAGGGUUGCAUUACUUUGAUGCUAUGCUAAGUCAUUAUGGUUUAGAUCCUCAAUUAGAGCAUUAUUCAUGCAUGGUUGAUAUAAUAGGUAGAUCAGGCCGUGUAGCCGAGGCCUUGAAGCUUAUUCAAGAAAUGCCUUUUGAAGCUGAUGCUGUUGUGUGGAGAACUCUGCUCAGUAUUUGCAAGAUUCAUGGAAAUGUUGAGAUUGCAGAAAAGGCGGCAAAUUCUAUUUUGCAAUUGGACCCACAAGACUCUUCUGCGUACAUUCUUAUAUCGAACAUAUAUGCUGAUGCUGGAAUGUGGGGUAAGGUUUCGGAGAUGAGAAAAAUAAUGAGGUAUAGUAAGGUAAAGAAGGAACCAGGUUGCAGUUGGAUUGAGCUAAAAGAUGAACUGCACGCGUUUCUUGUUGGAGACGAGGCUCAUCCCAGGUGUGAAGAGUUGUACGAAAUACUUGAUGUCCUAAUUAAUGAGAUGAAGCGGGAUGGAUACUUGCCUGAUGCUGAUUUCUCCCCUGGUGAGGAGGCGGAGGAAUAUGUGCUGCCGGCAGAAGAAGAAGCAGCAGCUUAGUUGUGGUUUUGGAUAAGACGGCGCGCCUAAGAGCCCAUAUGUCGAAUAAACCAAACCAAACACAGGCUAAUCGAAGCGAACCCACCAGCAUUGACCACCAUCCUAAUGUUUUCAUUUUCUCUUCCCCAUACCCUUUACACCAGGAGAAGCGGCGUCGUUUCUGUUGUUUUUCUCUGACGGUAAGUCACUAACGACGACGUGCUGCUUAACUUUUUCUUUCUUAUUUUUAUUGGAUAUUAAAAUCAAGGACAAGUCAUUUUUUUAUUUUUCCCAUUUUAUUGUAUAGCUUAAAAUUCGAAUUUAUAAUUAAACUUAGACAGAAAGUUGAAAAGAAAAAUCAUGCUUGGCUCCUUAAAUUCAUAUGAUGUAAACAUUUAUUUCUGAGUGGAAACUUUUCCUUGUCGUUA